GAAAUCUUAAAAAAAAAAGAAAAAAAGAGUAGCUUAAAACGAGAGAGCAAUAAGUAAGUGUCUACUGUGUGCCAACACCUUCCAUACAUUAUUUCCAAUUCUGUCAACCUCUUAAUCAUACUGAUGAGGACCCUCACCGGAAGAGCCCAAGGGCGCACACUGUCAGAGCCCAUAUGCUUUUCCUGGCUGAAAACCAAAUGGGUUAAGGAUGAAAUCAUGGAGGUAGGUCAGAGAUCGAUUCCUAAAGGGGAUGUUCCCUAACCUUUAAGGUCUGCAUUUUGCAAGUCAGCCACACUAACCGUUCCUCCGUGGGCCCCAAUGUCUGGGUCCCCAUGGCAGCCAGGGCUGCUCUAUGGGUCUGCCAGUGCUUGGGUUUCUCCAGGGCCCUGCUCUCAACAUACACAGAAAUGGUUCCCAGAGAAGUGACUGCAUUCCCACCAAGGCUGGCUUUGUCUACUCAGGGUCCGGAGGCGGAGGGAGCUCCCAAGGGGAGACAGGUCACCUCUGCCUUCCUGACUGGUCCCAGGCCGCCCGAGCUUCCCUCACCCUCCAGCAGAGGUCACCUCCUGGGGAGACUCCGGGCCUUGGCCUGCAUCCCAGGUUUGCAGUUGUGAUUUAUUUCUGGUACGUCAGCCUUCCGUCACCAAGUGGCAAAGCCCGAAAGCCGAAGGAGGAGCAGCAAGAUAUCUUACUGUGGCCACGAGCGUCUGCGGGGGAGCCGAUUCAGCGCUCAACUGUCCCCACUCCCCAAGGGGCUCUGAGAACUUCAGGAUUCCUGUCACAUUCACUCCGGGGCCUGCGAGGACCUAACAAGCCCCUGAGAAUCACCCCAAGUUGCUGAGCAUGACCCGGGACGAGGCACUGCCAGACUCGUACUCAGCACAGGGCUUCUAUGAGAACUAUGAGCCCAAGGAGAUCCUGGGCAGAGGAGUGAGCAGCGUUGUCAGGCGCUGUAUCCACAAGCCCACGUGCCAGGAGUACGCUGUGAAGAUCAUUGACAUCACUGGCGGAGGCAGCUUCAGCCCUAAGGAGGUGCAGGAGCUGCGGGAGGCCACACUGAAGGAGGUGGACAUCCUGCACAAGGUCUCAGGGCUCCCCAAUAUCGUACAGCUGAAGGACACUUAUGAGACCAACACUUUCUUCUUCUUGGUGUUUGAUCUGAUGAAGAGAGGGGAGCUCUUCGAUUACCUCACGGAGAAGGUCACUCUGAGUGAGAAGGAAACUAGGAAGAUCAUGAGAGCCCUGCUGGAGGUUAUCCGCAACUUGCACAAACUCAACAUUGUGCAUCGGGAUCUGAAGCCUGAGAACAUCCUUCUGGAUGAUGACAUGAACAUCAAGCUCACCGACUUUGGUUUUUCCUGCCAGCUGGAGCCAGGAGAGAAGCUGCGAGAGGUCUGUGGGACCCCCAGUUACCUGGCCCCUGAGAUCAUCGAAUGCUCCAUGAACGAUGACCACCCAGGCUACGGGAAGGAGGUGGACAUGUGGAGCACCGGGGUCAUCAUGUACACCCUGCUGGCCGGCUCCCCGCCCUUCUGGCACCGGAAACAGAUGCUGAUGCUGAGGAUGAUCAUGAGUGGCAACUACCAGUUCGGCUCGCCUGAAUGGGAUGAUUAUUCAGACACUGUGAAGGACUUGGUUUCCCGCUUCUUGGUGGUGAACCCCCAGGGCCGCUGUUCAGCAGAAGAGGCCUUAGCGCAUCCCUUCUUCCAGCAGUAUGUGGUAGAAGAAGUGCGCCACUUCAGCCCCCGGGGCAAGUUCAAGGUGAUCGCUCUGACAGUACUGGCUUCAGUGCGGAUCUAUUACCAGUACCGCCGGGUGAAGCCUGUGACCCGGGAGAUCGUCAUCCGUGACCCCUAUGCCCUCCGGCCUCUGCGCCGACUCAUCGACGCCUACGCUUUCCGAAUGUAUGGCCACUGGGUGAAGAAGGGACAGCAGCAGAACCGGGCUGCCCUCUUCGAGAACACACCCAAGGCUGUGCUCCUUUCCCUGGCUGAGGAAGACUACUGAGGGGCUGGCAGGCGGGGUAGGUAGGGUGGGCGACAGGCAAGGGGGGAAGCCCAGAAACGUAAGUUGAGGAGUAAGACCAUGCCCAGGCCUCUAUCCACAGGGGGCACUUGGCCCUGGCCAGGACCCCUGGCACUAGGGCCACCAUCCCCUCUCAGAGGCUCUGCACAGGAAGAGCAGGGUGCUCCCAUCACACGUUGUAAGUGUGGUCAGGGCCAGGUCCGGGGAGGGGCAACUGGUAUUUGGGUUUGAGAGCCUUCCUGCUUCUCUCCUUCCCAGCUGUACCACCAUCUCAGGUCCUUCCCCGAGACCCAGAGUUCCUGACACUCACAGGUACUUCCCUUAGGGUUCCAGGAGGAGGGUAAAAGAGAGGACAGUCUGAGAUACACAAUUGUGGAAAUUUUACUGACCCCGCAACACCGACACCAUGGGAGCAGGUUCCUUUCCAGGGACAUGUGUUUAGAGGCAUAUGGAAGCCCUCAUAUAAUUAAUAAUAGAAAAGGAAGGUUCUGGUAUUUGUUUCUCUGGAGUGUUACUUACUUUGUGACUCCCACAAUGUAGUUUUGUCUAGUCCAUAAUUCAGUUCUCCUAGACCUUUUUAAGACUCACACUGUGCUUUAAAGAGCCCAGCUACCGCCUUCUACAGACCAACAGCGGAAAUCAGGUUCUCUCAAAGGCACAUGAAACACCACAAAUGAGGCUAAUGAAGGACGAUUUUCCUUCUACAGCAGUUCGCUGGGAAACAAAGAAAAAUGGGGAAAUUCUGUCUUCGGAAAACAAUGUGGGAUCCCUGCAUCAGGCACUGAGAAAGGGAGAGGGAACAAAUUUAAAAAUUUCUAACGACGGGCCUUUCAGAGCAUUCUGCCCCAGAUGUUUAAGGACUGGCCCUAUAUGGUUAAUAUCUGACCUCUAUGAGAAACGGCCAGCUCCCGGGCCACUAUCCCUGAGUCAGGCCCCUUCUUCAAGAGAUAGCGGUACCCCUCCUCUGAGGUCAGAGUCCUCUCCUGGCCUGAUGAGAGAUGUCUGCCACAGAGGGAUGGGGUAAGGGGAGGGAACUCCUUCUUGAGGCUAAAGCUGAAGAGCCUGGAGUUUGGCUGUGUGGAGUGUGGCUGUGUGGGAGUGACACGGGUACCACCGGGCUUUUCUCGGCUCUGCGUGGCUGUUCACAACUCCCCAGGCAGUCGGCCUGCACUGGAAGCACAGCGGAAGCCUAGGUUGUCUGAGGCUGAAUCUGGAGUGUUGCCCAUCCUGCCACCAGAGAAGAGGAAAGAGAAUGGACAUUCGUUGAGAAAGGGGCCUGGAGCCUUACCCAACUUUCCUGCUCCACCUCCUAGGGCUGUGGUCCAGGGUGCCUAAGGACUGAGGGCAGGGACUAGAAAGAAGGCUGGUUUGAGCGCACUCCUGGGGAAAAGGGUAAGAAGGGACCUGGGAAAGGGUGGAGGAAGUGGGAGUGCGUAGCCUUGAGCGUCUGCUCUGGAAGGCAAGAAAGGCAAUGACUAGUAGCUUCGGCUGCUCACAGUUCAG